CUCAAAAAUGGAAGGCUGUACCUCGACCAGAGACUCUGAGAAAGCAGUAGUUCUUCAGCAGCAAGAGAUUGAUGAGCAUGUCUAUGUCAAUUUAAGGAACAAAGAGCUGAGACUCCCUAGUCAUUUAUUGGAGACGUUUGAUAAUAUAGAAUUCACGCUCCCUUUGACUAAGAUAUCACCUUCUUUUAAAAAUAUAAGAUCCAAUUUAAUGAAAAGCAUCCUCAGAUCAAAAUUAAGAAUGUUUUGGCUUGAAGAAAUACAAUUCACUAUUACUGAAGAUGAUCCUAAAGCAAAUAAUAAAAUUUGUGAAGAUUUUAUUAAAUAUUGAUUGCCUGAAAGAAUUAAAAAUAUUUGCUUCAGUUCAGGCUUAGGAAGAAGAGAAAUAGCUCUUCAAAAUUAUUCUUGGUUACCUGUUACGAAGGUUACCAAUUCUCUUUAUUUCUCUGAACUGACUAUCAGCACAACCCUCUUAUCAAGAAUAUUUCGAUCACUUGUUACUAUAAAAAGAUUAAACUUUGUGAGAUGUAAAAUCUCCAAGCCUGAAUCUAUCAGAGAAACUUUUUGCUAUGGUUCUGUGGAAAAUAUUUCUUUUCACUUAAAACAUAAUGAAGAUGAUCCCAUAAAUUUCGAAAUUUUACUCAAUGUUAUUUCUAAAGCUUCGAUAAAGGAAGGCAUUAAGACUAUUCUCAUCGACUCUAGCUGCAUUAGAAAAGAAAGGCUAUCAGAAUUAUGCUCAGAACUAAACCUUAAAAACCUAACAAUAAAAUCCCACAGCCACAAAAAUCGAGACUGAAAUUACACCUUCAUCUGCUAA